AUGCUGUCGAUACAGGUGGGAGAGCAUGCACCGAGCCGCAACGCAUCCCUCGCCGCUGCGCAGGUCCUGGCCGGAGCGGUGCUGUACGCGCGCCUUGUGCUGGCAGUCGGCGGGUGGCUCGGCCUCCCCCUGUGCAGCUCCCGCCCCUCCGCGCCGCAGCCGCAGCCGCAGCCAACCGCUGACGCCAACGCCGACGUCUGCGGCGCCCCACGGCCCCCCGGCUCGCUCCGCCUGUCGCGGGCCGGCAGCCGCGGCUGCCCGUGCCCUUGCCCGGCCGCUGCGCACGCGCUGUCUGCAGCAGACCCGCUCUCCCCGAUGCGGCGGUGGUGGGCCUCGGCCGACGCCGCCUCUGAGGCUUCCAGUGCCACCAGGAUGGGCGCCGACGCGGCGCCGCGGCGGCGGCCGCGGACCGCGCUGCAGCAGGCGAGCGAGGGCGCCGACAGCUGUUGGUCUCCCCCGUUUUCGCCGCGGUCGGCAGCGUCGUCGGGCGCCACGCAACCAAGAGGAAGCCAAGGCGGCCUGCGCGGCAGCUUCCCCGGCUGCGCCGGCGCCUCGAGCCGCCGGCCGCACAGCAGCUGCGCCGCGUCCGUCGCGGGCGCCCGCCCGCCGGCCGCGCUGCGCCGCGCCAGCAGCGUCUGCGCCGGUGGCCACAGCGCUGUCGGCGGCGGCCGCCGCAGCCUCGUCGGCGCCGCCGCCACCCACCGCUCUGUCGCCUGCGCCGGCUCGCUCGCCGCGGCCUACGGCCGCCUCCGCGACCGCGCCGCCGCACUGCGCGGAGCGCAGCGCGCGCUGCGCGGAGCGCAGGCCGCGUUCGAGUCGGAGCGGCGCCGCGCGGAGGACGCCGGCUUUGAGCGCGACGCCGCCGCGACGCAGCAGCGGCUCGAGCUCAUGUCUGCACGGCGCUCCUUGGACGCGCGAUCCGCUGAGCUGGCGCUGCGGUUGGACGCCCUGGACGACGCGUGGAACGACCUCAUGGAGAGGGAAGAGGCGUCAAGCGCGCGCGCGCGGUCGCUGACUCAGCAGGCCGCGCUGCUGGAGGCCGUGCGGGCGCGCGUCGAGGCGGCUGAGGCGGAGGUCGGGCGGAGGGAGGGGGCGGUGGACGAUAUGCACGAGACAAUAGCCGCAAUGGCGGCGCUGGUGGCCGGCGGGGAGCCGACGGAUGCGGCGGUGGUGGCCUGCUGGCUGGAGCAGCUCAAAAAGCUGCGCGCCGCCCAACACACACGCAGCGACAGCGACAGCGCCGCCGGCGACGGCUUGGGCGGUGAUGAGGGCGCGGCGGCGGCCGCCGCGGCGGCCGCGGUUGAGGCGAUGGCGGCGGGGCCGCCGAGGCGGGCGGGGGCGCGGCAGGCGGGGCUGAUGGUGAGCACGACCUGCAUGGAGGAAGGCGCGCCGGCGGCCAUUCAGUCGCCGGUGGUGGAGGCGCCCACCCAGCCGCCCGCUGCCGGCGGCGCCGCGGUAGCCGCGGCCACCGCGCCGGCGGCGGCGCAGCCGCAGCGGUUGAUCCCACGGUCGCAGUCCGCCCACCUGGGCGAUGGGCCGGUUGCGGCGGCGGUGGCGGCGAUUGAAGGCAGGCGUGCCAGGUCGCUCAAAGUCAAAGUGUCUGUCGGGGUCGACGAUCUGAGCCUACAGCCGUUUCUGGGCGAGGCGCACUGGUGGCCGGCGUCGCCGCUGUCUUCGUGCGGCGGCGCGGGCCCCAGCAGCGGCGGCGGCGGCGGCGGCGCGCCGUGGAUGCAGUGA